AUGCCGAGUUUUGGCGAGAGAGCAAGGCAAGAUGAGACCAAGAUGAGGAAAGAGGAAAAAUCAAGUGAGAAGAAAUGGAAGGUUUUGGGAGGAAUCGUAAAUUAA